UCAGCAUCUACUGGAUAUUCACGCACUCUCUCCAAGUAAGGUUGGUGUCGUGGAUGUGGUCCAUGAUGGAGAUGCCUGGGGGUGUGCUGUUGCUCCUAAUUUUGCAGUUUGUUACAUGGAACACCUCAGUGAUAUGUAUGGAGCCUUCCUCCGCCGCCACAUCUGGGCCCUCUUCUCAAUCUGUCCAGUUCAGGUGUGGAAACACUGUUUGUCCUAAGGGCAUGGACUGCAUCAGUAAUAAUGGGGUCACCAGCUGCGCUGACCCAUGUGAGCGCUACACUGAGCUGCACCAUGACUGGCGGUCAACAGAUAACAACAUAAAUCUGAACCCACGUUGUGACAGAGAUGUUAACUGGCAAGGCUGGUAUCGUCUGUUCCUAAAUCAAACCAGUGCCAACGUUGCUGAGAGGUGUGUUCAGACAAACAGGUGUGGAACACACGCUCCCCUAUGGAUUACAGAGCCUCAUCCUACACAGCCAGGAGUGAUUGUUAAUCGGACUGUUUGUAGUCACUGGAGCUCCAGCUGCUGCUAUUUUAGUUCACACACCAUCAACGUCAAACUCUGCAAAGGAAACUACUACGUCUAUAAACUGGUGAAGCCGAGCGCAUGCCAUCUUGCUUACUGUGCAGAGGUGAACAGAACAGACGUUGCAGCUCCUUUGACCACUCCUGGUCCAGGACAGCAAGGCACCUCUCAAACAGCAGCAGUGCACCACACCACAAAUUCACCAACCAGACCGGAUCCAGGAUCUCAGACCUUCACCUCUGCUGCACCCACAUCUGACACCCCUGGAACAACAGCAGUCGAGGGACAGGUCCACCUGGCCAAUGGAGGAAACAGCUCCUGCUCUGGCAGAGUAGAGAUCUUCCUCCGUGGACAGUGGGGGACGGUGUGUGAUGACCACUGGGACCUGGUUGAUGCUCAGGUGGUGUGCAGACAGCUGGGUUGUGGCAGGGUCCUGUCAGCACCACAACGUGCACGUUUUGGACAGGGCAGUGGACCCAUCUGGUUGGACGAUGUUGUUUGCUCCGGCAGCGAAUCCAAGCUGACUGAGUGCCGGCACCCAGGGAUUGGAUCUCACAACUGUGGUCACUAUGAGGAUGCUGGUGUCGUCUGUGAAGUUCAACCAGGACCAAACUCCACAGUUUCACCAACCACACCUGAUCCAGGAUCUCAGGUGCUCACAUCUGGCACCCCUGGAACAACAGCUGUGGACAACAGCACAGGAGACGAGGGACAGGUCCGCUUGGCCAAUGGAGGAUACAGCUCCUGCUCUGGCAGAGUAGAGAUCUUCCUCCGUGGACAGUGGGGGACAGUGUGUGAUGACCACUGGGACCUGGUUGAUGCUCAGGUGGUGUGCAGACAGCUGGGUUGUGGCAGGGUCCUGUCAGCACCACAAAGUGCACGGUUUGGACAGGGCAGUGGACCCAUCUGGUUGGACGACGUUGUUUGCUCCGGCAGCGAAUCAAAGCUGACAGAGUGCUGGCACCCAGGGAUUGGAUCUCACAACUGUGGUCACAAUGAGGAUGCUGGUGUCGUCUGUGAAGUUCAACCAGGACCAAACUCCACAGUUUCACCAACCACACCUGAUCCAGGAUCUCAGGUGCUCACAUCUGGCACCCCUGGAACAACAGCUGUGGACAACAGCACAGGAGUCGAGGGACAGGUCCGCUUGGCCAAUGGAGGAUACAGCUCCUGCUCUGGCAGAGUAGAGAUCUUCCUCCUUGGACAGUGGGGGACGGUGUGUGAUGACCACUGGGACCUGGUUGAUGCUCAGGUGGUGUGCAGACAGCUAGGUUGUGGCAGGGUCCUGUCAGCACCACAAAGUGCACGGUUUGGACAGGGCAGUGGACCCAUCUGGUUGGACGAUGUUGUUUGCUCCGGCAGCGAAUCAAAGCUGACUGAGUGCCCGCACCCAGGGAUUGGAUCUCACAACUGUGGUCACUAUGAGGAUGCUGGUGUCGUCUGUGAAGUUCAACCAGGACCAAACUCCACAGUUUCACCAACCACACCUAAUCCAGGAUCUCAGGUGCUCACAUCUGGCACCCCUGGAACAACAGCUGUGGACAACAGCACAGGAGACGAGGGACAGGUCCGCUUGGCCAAUGGAGGAAACAGCUCCUGCUCCGGCAGAGUAGAGAUCUUCCUCCGUGGACAGUGGGGGACGGUGUGUGAUGACCAAUGGGACCUGGUUGAUGCUCAGGUUGUGUGCAGACAGCUGGGUUGUGGCAGGGUCCUGUCAGCACCACAAAGUGCACGGUUUGGACAGGGCAGUGGACCCAUCUGGUUGGACGAUGUUGUUUGCUCUGGCAGCGAAUCAAAGCUAACCGAGUGCCGGCACCGAGGGAUUGGAUCUCACGACUGUGGUCACAAUGAGGACGCUGGUGUUGUCUGUGAAGUCCAACGCCCUCCACUCCAGCCUCCUCAGCUCAUUUGUGGACGUGAUGAAAUCCAAAUAGGGCUAAAUAUGGCUGCCAUAACUUCCAUGGGUUUGAACCCACUCUCCGGAAACCUGGCAGUUCCAAACUGCUCCUGGGUCAGAAUGCAUAAUGAUGUAGUUUGGUACGAGGUGGACGCUCAGGCAGGUGCCUGUGGAAACACACUGAGGACCAACCGUACACACGCCAUCUACUCCAACGUUUUAUUCCUCUACCGAGGAAAUGUGUCCUUCUCACGUCCUGUGAGUCUUCCCUUCUCCUGUGCGUAUCCUCUCGACACAGACACCAGCAUGAAUGUGGCAAUCAGACCAGUGCUGCCGUUUGCAGUUGGCCUCUCAGGCUUAGGUAGCAAAGCUCGAGCCUCCAUGUCUCUGUUCCACACCUCCAACUUCACUCAGCCUUAUCCAUCUGGCUUGAUCACGCUCCCUGUGGGCUCACCUCUGCAUGUGGGCGUCUCUGUAUUAGUUAGAGACCCAAGCUUUGUAGUUGUCCUGGAGAACUGCUACGCCUCUGACUCAUCAAACCCCAAUGAUACCGCACGAUACUUUUUCAUCCAGAACAAGUGCCCCACUGACCGACAGCAAGUGGAAGUGAUCGAGAGCGGCUCAUCCCAACAGGCUCGUUUCUCCGCCGUGUUGUUCCUGAUCCACGGUGAAUACAGUGACAUGUACCUCCACUGCAGCCUCAGCCUGUGUGACCGGAGGAGCUCCCGCUGUGCCCCAUCUUGCAGAAGAAGGACAUCUCGCUCUGUUUCAAGCUCUGCUCCUCUGAAGCCCCUCACCAUUGGACCAAUCACUUGGGACAAGUCACCUGAGUGAGCUGGUAACAUAUAAAACAUACAUAAUCUAAUGAGUUUGUAAUAACAUAAACUCAUUUCAUAGUGUGACAUUUUUUUGUGUUUGAAUUCCUUUAAUCAUAAAUCAGUAAUAAAAAAACACAUGUUACAUUGCAUAAUUGAAUCGUAACACACACUGGUUUUCCUGAUUUGUAUUAGCUGUGUAAUAAGGUGAGAAAUGAUUGAAGAAAAUUAAAAUCAA